AUGCCCCUCCCGGUCCCGACCCACACGUUCACCCCCGCGAGCGUCCGCGCUAUCUCCGUCUGCCUCUGCUCCUCGCUCUCGAACUUCUCCUCCAUCGAGAUGUGCUUCAGGCGCCUCGUGAUCCAGAUGCCGCUGAGUUAUCCGCUGGAUGCGUGCCAGGUGGAUCUGGGCGCUCCGGGCAUGGUGUGCGAGACCGUCUUCCCUCCGACCGAGCCCGACCAGAUAGACCGGGAGUCGGCCAUGAGGGGGAUCGUGGGUCUGUCCGGACAGGUGCUGAGGGACUCGGUGGCUGGGGGCACCCCUGAAUUCCUCAAGACCCCUCCCCGAGAGCUGUUCCCUCGCAUGAAGCGGCCGCCCCCCGUGGGCCAGGUUCGGUUCCGUGGGUCCCUCAGGGGUGAGACGACGAGCUUGGACGUCGAGAGGAUGUCCGACGGCAUGGGGCACGGUCUGCACGAGACCCUGUGCGCACAGAGAGACGGGGGGGAUCCGACCAGGACUUCCAUAGACACGAGGGCCGGAGUGAAGGAUGCCACGACGGUGCUGUUCCUGAAGCGAACGGCCGGCCGACCCUUCUCUACAUAA